CUCCUUGCCCCUGCCCCUGCCCCCCCACUGCCCCCGUCUCCCUCGCCUCCCCAUGCAUUCGCAAUCCUUCCUUCGCUUGCCUUCCCCGUCCUGCUGCCUCCCAGACCCGCAAUCUCGCUUCGGGCAGAAUCGCCUGCCACGCCUCGCCUCGCCUCGCAUCGCCAUCCACAGCGGAUUCUGCGAUAAAUUUCGGACAAUUUCUUAACGCGAGAAGCCGCAAUUUUCCGAUCUUCGUGCGGCGAUUUGCUUUUUUUGUUUGUGUGUUGUGCGAUCUUUUCUUCACGGUGAUGCUGAUUGGUCAUCCUCAGAGGAGAGGGAGUUCAAGUGAAGCGAAGUGAGUUGAGGUGAGGUGAGGGGAGGAGAGGAGGAGGAGGUCUGGAGUGAAGCGUUGGAUCAUCAGCCUGAAGCGAUCGGAACAGUGGUUGUCUGUUUUCUAUCUUGCGCUCGCUCCGUGCGGGGCUUUGAGAGGGUUUGAGGGCCGUGGGGAUCGUCAACGUGGAAGUUAUUCGCAAUAAAAUAAAGUUUACGAUGAAACCUGAGUUGAAUGGAGAUGCCUCGAAAGGUUAGUUUGAUUCGAAGACUAGUGCUUUGCCUGGAUCGCGGCGGGUCGAUCGUCUGACGCACAGCGGGAAGGAAGGCUUCGAGGUUCUCCCGAGGUUUAUGUUCUAGGUCUAGGCAUCAGUAACUGUUGAUGGCGUCGUUAACCAGAGGAAGAAGCUUUGUGGAGUCGCUCAUGGGCGACAAUGGGGCUCUCAAAAACCUCUUCAAAGGAAGGGAUGACAAGAAACCUCAUCUGGAGCGUACUGCCUCAGGAAGGAAAAAGUGGAUCAAAGAGCUGUCAUCUCCCGCAAAUCUUGUCAUUGAUCGCUGUUGCAGAAUCCUCGACAUGCAACCAGAGGAACUGCAAUGUCAGUUCGAAGAUGAAGCCUCUGUUUCUGCCAAGCAUCCUUCACGAUAUGCCCGAAAUCUGUUGGAGUACUGCUGCUUCAAGGCUCUCUCUGUGGAAACUCAGAAGACCGGACAUCUUCAACAAAGGGAUUUUCACAAACUAUUUUUUGACAUGAUGCUUGCUUGGGAAGCUCCUGGUGCGGCAAACAAACCUGUUGUGAAGAUAGGACAAGGUGAAGUGGACAAUCAAGAGGAGGAUGAUGAUGAAGACUCGGCGCUUUUCUAUUCUGACUUGAUGCCCAUGCUGGUGGAUGUGGAGAGUACUAUCGGAUCUGAAGCAUUUGCAAGAAUAGCUCCUGCUAUACCACUAGUCGCGGAUAUCAUAAGUGUACAUCAACAGUUUGAUGCACUUACAUCUGGAACUGGGGGAAGAUUGCCUUAUCCAAUCUUUGAAAAAUAUCUGAGUGAACUGGACAAGUCAGUCAAGGAUAUCAAACGUCAAGCCACCGCAUCGCUUGCCUCCGCUCUUAAGCUCAGCAAAGGAGAAAGUGUGAUAGAGAUUGAUGGAACUGCUACCACGCAGCCCGUCCUACAGCACAUUGGUGUAUCCACCUGGCCUGGGAGGUUGACUUUGACGGAUCAAUCGCUGUACUUCGAAGCGACUGGGGUGGUAUCUUACGAUAAAGCCAAGAAAUUUGACUUAUCAGCUGAUCUGAAGCAUGUUGUCAAGCCGGACUUAACCGGUCCGUGGGGAGCACGUCUUUUUGACAAAGCUGUAAUGUACAAGUCAAGUACCACUGUUGAACCAGUUGUUCUCGAGUUUCCAGAACUGACAGGCCGUACACGAAGGGACUACUGGCUUGCUAUCAUUCGCGAAGUGGUCGCCGUUCAUCAGUUCAUCCGGACUUUUCGCCUGGACGGCGUUGGCCGUGAAGAAGCCUUAGCGAAGGCGAUUUUGGGAAUUGUAAGGCUGCGGGCUACUCGCGAAGUGUUUCAUUCGCUACCUGUCAGGCCAGAAGCACUGCUCACGUUUUCAUUCGCUGAUGUGAUGCCAGCUGGAGAUAUUGUUCUGAAAGCUUUGGCAGAGCAGCUGCAAAAUAAAUGUUCAGUUCCUCCAUCCUCGACCUUUGGGGAAUCAAUCUUUGGAAAGCAGGAAGGAAAGGUUUACGCUGGUUCAGCGACAGCAGCUGUGGGCAAUUUGGGAGCAGCCUCUCCGAAAAGCCCAGGGGUUUCAAGGGAAGAAGCUAUUGCUGUCGGCGAGGUUCUAAUAGGUGAAGCCACUCCUUUAGAGAAAGCUGUCUUACAUUCGAGAGACAACUCCAAGAAGGUGGAGUUAGCGAAGGCAACAAUAGAUGGAGUGAAAGUGGAUGGCAUUGGAACAAACAUUGCUGUCAUGAAGGAGCUCUUGGUGCCGCUCGCAAAUUUUCAAACUUGGAUUCAAGGAAUUUUAGAGUGGGAGGACCCUGGGAAAUCAGUUACUUUUUUAGUGGUCAUGGGUUAUAUCAUUUAUAGGGACUGGCUUGGCUACAUUGUGCCUCUUGUACUUCUGUCGAUGGCAAGCUACAUGCUGUGGUUACGACAUUCUGGAAGAGGGGACGAUUUCAAUGAAGUUGUUGUGCCAACACCACCUGCUCAGAACACUGUGGAGCAACUAUUAGCUCUGCAACAAGCUUUGUCUCAGCUAGAAGGACUGCUGCAAUCAGGAAACAUUAUGUUACUUAAACUCCGGGCGCUUUUCUUCUCCGUGCUUCCGCAGGGUCACUCACAAAUGACGAAUCAUGUUAUAGCUGGUUUGGUGAUCACUGCGUUCUGUUUGACAAUCCUGCCCUUGAGAAUGAUAAUUCUUCUCCUAUUUUUAGAUUUUUUCACAAGGAACUCCGUAGUUCGGAAAGAAACAACUGAGCGGUGGUUGCGUAGGUUCAGAGAAUGGUGGUACAGUGUACCAGCUGUACAUGUACGAUUUAUCAAACCUGAAGGGGAAAGGCAGAAUUGAUUUUUACCGUAAGCUGUAGGAAAGGUUGUGAAUCGCUCGCUGGUGAGAAGAGGUACUUGUAAUAUAAGCUCUAGAAUCGUCAUUUGUAGACAGACCUUGUACAGGAGAAGUGAAAGUAACAUGUUUCGUCGACCUUAUGGAAAGAAUCACCGCGAAUGUCAUUAGCAUGCAACCCUACCUGGGUAGAUCGCACGUGCUGGGAUUUUCAGUUGUAGUGGGGUGUGAAAGUUAUGUAGAAGAUAGUGAAUCUCCUGUGAGUGUACACAUUCUACCCGCAGUCAAGGAUGGCAUUUUGCAUCUGGCAUGGCACUGAUGAAUAAAAUUCAAAGUUGUUUACGAGCUUCAAAGC